UGUACUAUUUUUUUUUUAAUAAUAUUUACAAAAUUUAGGUGAGAAUACCAAUGCUUAUAAGUGUGUGUAAUGGAAAAUUUGUUACUGUUCAUUAUUUAAGAGUAAUUUUUCAUUUUAGUAUUUUAAAUGCAAGAUGACAAAUAUUUUUCAAGAUUCAAAGAGAUGUGAGAAAGAAACGAAGCUAUCAAAAGUUGCUGUUCAUAUUCUUAUAACAUUGUUUGGUAUAUCUGCUUGGAUCGGUACCAAUGGCAUAUUUAUACAAACAUCAGUACUUAUCAAUACUUUGCCUGAAAGCUGGGCUUUACCAGCUUAUCUAGUAUUAGUAAUACAAGCUGCAAAUUUUGGACCUUUAUUUUAUACAAUCUUACAACAUUUCAAAUGCAAGAUAAAUGAAUUUUGGUGGAUAUCAUGUUUGUUAAUUUCUGGGACUAUUGCAAUGGGACUAUUAAGCUUUUUUUAUUCUGUAACAACCGUUAUCGCUGGAAAUGAACAUAGCGUGAUAUUAUUUAUUUUGACAUUUUUCAGUGCUCUAGUAGGCUGUUUUAGUUCUGUUUUAUUCAUGCCAUAUCUUAGAAAUUAUCAAGAAAAUUAUUUAAUAUCAUAUUUUAUAGGAGAAGGAUUAAGUGGUGUAUUGCCUAGCAUAGUUGCUUUAAUACAAGGAGUUGGAAACAAUUCAAACUGUACAAAGUCUCAAAAUGAUACUACAGAUUUUUCUGAUUUAAAAUUUUCCCUGAAGAAUUAUUUUUUAUUCAUAUUUGUUAUCUUAUUUUUAUCAUUGUCAGCAUUUGUUAUUCUAGAAUGUUCCUCUUUUGUGAAAAAAAGGAAAAACCUUCAGAAAUCUUUUGGUACAGUAUCCAAUAUGAAAAAAGUGAAUAUUUCUCAUGUCCACUAUGCAAGUGAUAUGCAAACAAAUCCUCCAUUAGAAGAAGAUUCAUUUCUUCAUAACAACAAAUAUUUAACAAAACAAAUGCAACAAUAUUUAUUUGUAUUACUUGGUACAUGUUGUUUUUUUAGCAAUGGUUUCUUUCCUAGUGUUCAAUCUUAUUCUUGUUUACCAUAUGGAAAUAUAGCUUACCAGCUUUCAAUUACAUUUGCUCAAUUUGCAAAUCCACUUGUGUGUUUAUUAGCAUUCUGGUUGAAGAUAUCAAGCAUAAAAAUUAUCAAUUAUAUGUCCCUAAUAUGUUUAUUUAUGGGAACUUAUGUUAUGUAUUUAGCAAUAAUGUCUCCGAAUCCACCAUUACAAACUACAAAGCUUGGUAUUGUUCUAGUUGUCUUGGUAUGGACAAUUUUAAUAGGACUCAUUUCAUAUUUAAAAUUAAUUAUUGUGUCAAUAUUCAGGGGAACAGUACUGCCAAGAAUACUUUUUAAAGUUGGUGUAAUUAUGCAAACUGGUUCUGCGAGUGGUGCAAUAUUUUCAUUUCUAUUAAUUAACUUUACAAGCUUAUUUGUAAUGCAUAAUAGCUGUGCUUCAACAAGCAACUAAAAUUGUAAAUAUAAAAAUUGAUAAUUACUAUAGCACUUCCAUUGAUGUAGAUAGGUAACUAAUUCGUUUCUAUACCAAGGUAUACUGAUAAAAUUUUAUCAGAAGGACUUUGUAUAGAAGAAACGAUAACUUAUAUAAAAUACAUAUUUUAUGUAUUGAAAUAUUUUUAUAACUGUACAUGUGUGUCUGCAUUUAUGAGUGAAUUUUUACUGAACACAACAAAUAAUCAAGGACACUAAAGGUUUAUAUGAAUGAUAACUGAAUGCCAUCAAAUUAUUUGUAAAAAAGUUUCUAAAAAAAUAAUAUUAUCUUCUGUUUUAUCUUGAGUACUGCCUUCCAAUAUAAUGUACUGAAGAUAUACAUAUACAUU